CAACAGUUCUCUCCAAUGCAUGUUGGAGUGUUCUGCUUCCCUUCCUCAAGUUAUCAAGGCCAGCAUUUUGGAGGUGUUUGAUCUAUGAACCAGCUGCAUGAAAUUAUUUCUCCUGUGUAAAAUCCCAUGGUCUCUUUGUUUGGGCUGUGCCUAGCAAGGCUUAGGUAGAACACAGCUAUUCUGUCUGGGGGUGCUUAUCUCACCAAUCUCAAUGAUAUAAUUUGCAUCUGACAGCAGUGAGUGACUUGAGUGCCUGGUCUUGGAACUACUGCCCACUUUUUACCUAGGUAGGCAUUUGUAUGUAGGCUGGCUGAAUCCUGCCUCACAGACAGCUGGAUGCAUAACCAGCUUCACCAGACUGUUUUUCACAGAAUACUCAACUCCAUGGAAGGGAAGGGUUAUGACAAUAGCAGGGCCCAGGUGAGUAUGCACAAAUGGCUGGACCAGGAGCAGAAAAGCAUUGCCAGUCAGCAGUACAGCUCCUUGGGGACUGUCCCUAAGAAACCCACCAGCCUGGCAGAGUCCCACACAGCCCCUCUGGGCUGGCUGCAGAGAGAAGGGUGGGAAAUGAGGAAAACUGGCCCGGUCUGGAUUGAGCUUCUGUAGUUCAAGGGAAACUUUUGCACACCAUUACCAACUGUUUAAAUAAAACUGUUGCAAAAGAAGUGAUGUGAAGGGUUUUUAAUGUUUUUAAGAUGUGGCCUGAUGCCUUGGCUUCACCCACUUCCCGGGCAGGCUUUGACUUCAGUUCCCUUGGCCCCAGCUGCCUGCAUACAUCCUCCUGCUGAGGAAGGUUUGCAGGGGCUGGCUCUGAGCAUGGUGGCUGCUGUGCACUUUUUGUGUCCUGUUCCCCUCCCCAGCUCCACGUGGAACUCCUGAAGCUGGAGAGGCAAGGCUCUGGUGUGGGGUGGUGCUGUGUUUGGCUGAGGGUGACACAGCUGUGAGUGGCCAGGAGAGGACUCCUUGUUAACUUGUAGAUGUUCCUGAUGGAGAAGAGGAGGAAGCACAUAUGUGUGAUAUGGGGAAUGAUCUUGAAUAUUGGCCUGCAAAGCAGCUUUCACAGCUGCUCAGGCCACUCUUGGUCUGUUUCUGAUGAGCAGUGAGACCAAGUUCUGUUUCAAUGCCUGGGCCAGAAUGGCCUUUUGAGUUGCUUUAUCUUUUUUCAGAGUGUAUUAUGUCUUUAAUUUUUUUCCCCCCUGUUACCUAAGCUAUUCCAAUUGCAUUCCAGACAAUUUUUCACUUUUUAAAAAUGUCUUUUAAAUGUUACCUUGACUUACGCUUUUAUUUCUGGUGGAAAGCUGCUGUUGUCAGCUAAAGAUAUGGGAGUAGCUGGUCUCUAUCCAUAGGGAGGACAAUGUACCACUGGAGCCUAAUAUAAUUGCAUUUAUUUGAGAUGCCUGCACUGAUGUCUCCCUAAAGUCCUAUAGGUCUUCUGUGGUAAAAAAAAAAAUAGCUGUUUUGGCCAUAGAUACUGUAUAUUGUGGCUUUCCACAGCUAUUCCCAGUGCAUGAUUCUGUACUGAAUGUUUUUAAUCUUUUGUAUCUCUGCAAAGAUACUGUCAAGUAAAACUGUGUUCCCUGAUACAGGUGGGGAGAGGAUUUCCUUGGGAAUGGAAGAGUGUGGAGGGUGAGGGGUGAGACACACAUGAUACAGGAGUUUUCAGGAAAGCUAUUUUUUCUUUACUGCUAUUAUGGCUCAAUGUAUAGACACUUCAUUUUUCAGAGUGUACCCACCUGUUUUUUACAGAUUUUUUUAGACAAGCUUUGCUCACGUGGUGCCCAGCCAUUCUGCCCUAAACCCAUGUAUUGCUUGUGUGUUGGUUGAAUUUUCUAUCUAUGUUUUCUCCUUAAAAAUGCCCAUUAUUUGAGGAGCUGACUGGCCUAAUUAAAGAAAUAACCCCAAAGCCCCCAAGAAAAACUGAAGGGCUGUGGCCCAUAGGGUCUUUUCCAGAGAACAGUAAUGUGUAAGUGCUCUGAUUAGGGGUUAAAGGCAAAUUCUCCCUGGGUGAAUUAAGGUCUGAUUUCAAAUGAAACCUAAAAAAUAGAGCUUGCAACAUGUAGUUUAAUAAUUUAUAGAGUUAGUCUUGACUUUUGGUCAAAUAUCUUUGUUACUUAAGUAGCUUUGCUGCCACCUAAAUAUAUCAGUGCUGCAGAGGGGACCUAGUUGAGGUUUUUGAGGUGGUUUUGAUGCCAAAAUGCCAACCCUCGAUGAGAUUUUAGAGCACAUUGGAGAAUUUGACAGGUUCCAGAAGCAAACCUUUUUUGUCCUAUGUUUGUUAUCUGUUUGCUUCACCCCAGUGUACGUGGGGGUUGUCUUCUUUGCGUUCACCCCUGAGCAUCGCUGCUCCAGCCCCGGGGUGGCUGAGCUGAGCCAGCGGUGCGGCUGGAGCCUGGAGGAGCAGCUGAAUCACACAGUUCCCGAGUGGGAUGGCCACGGGGCCAGCUUCAGCAGCCGCUGCAGGAGGUACGAGGUGGACUGGAACACAACAGGCAUCAGCUGCACUGACCCCCUCGGCAGCCUGCUGGGCAGUGGGAGCAGCGUGCCCCUGGGUCCCUGCCGGGAUGGCUGGGUCUACGACUCCCCAGGGAGCUCUCUCGUCACAGAGUUUGACUUGGUGUGUGAGGACUCCUGGAAGUUGGAUCUCUUUCAGUCUUCUGUGAACGCUGGGUUUUUUCUUGGCUCCAUAAAGAUUGGCUACAUUGCAGACAGGUUUGGCCGUAAAUUUUGCCUUUUAACAACAAUUGUUGUAAAUAUUGUGUGUGGAAUGCUUCUGGUCUUCGUGCCCACCUACCUGUGGAUAGUCAUCAUCCGGUUCUUGCAAGGGCUGGUCAGCAAGGGCUGCUGGACUGCAGGCUACAUCCUGGUGACAGAAGUGGUGGGCCCGGAUUACCGGAGGACGGUGGGGAUCCUCUACCAGGCGGCUUUCUCCGUCGGGCUCCUGCUCUUCGAUGCCAUCGCUUACGCCAUCCCUCACUGGCGGUGGCUGCAGCUGACGGUCACCCUGCCGACCUGCUUCCUCCUGCUCUACUACUGGUGCCUCCCAGAGUCUCCCAGGUGGCUGAUAUCUCAAGGAAAAAAUGACAAAGCCAUGAAAAUUGUCAGCGAUAUAGCUAAAAAAAAUCGGAAAAAGAUGCCUUCCCAUUUUAAGGAUAUUAAAUUUGAAGAGGAAGAUUGUGGAAAGCAGAAUCCCUCACUGAUGGACCUCUUCAGGACACCACAGAUAAGAAGAAACACGCUCAUUUUGAUGUACAACUGGUUCACGAGCUCCAUCCUCUACCAGGGGCUCAUCAUGCACAUGGGAAUGGCUGCUGAGAACAUUUAUCUGGAUUUUCUCUAUUCCGCACUUGUUGAGUUCCCAGCUGCCUUCAUCAUCAUCAUCACUAUUGACCGUGUUGGGCGGCGCUACCCCUGGGCCGUGUCAAACCUGGUGGCUGGGGCUGCCUGCCUUGCCACAGCCCUCAUCCCAGAGGACAUGCAUUGGUUAAAAGUGAUAACUGCUUGCAUUGGGAGAAUGGGAAUUACUAUGGCUUUUGAAAUGGUUUGCUUUGUAAACACAGAACUGUAUCCAACUUAUAUCAGGAAUCUCGGGGUGAUGGUUUGCUCCUCUUUGUGUGAUAUUGGUGGAGUCAUCGUCCCCUUCAUUGUCUACAGACUGGUGGAGAUCUGGCACGAUCUACCACUGAUUGUCUUCACUGUGCUUGGUUUGAUUGCGGGUGGAUUGGUGCUCCUUCUGCCUGAAACUAAAGGAAGAGUUUUGCCUGAGACUGUGGAGGAUGUUGAAAACUUUCACAGGCAAAGUGCUCCAAAGACCAAAAAUAUCUAUCUCCAUGUCCAAGGAUCAGAAGCAGGACGUGGCUGAAGAAGGCAUAACUCUUACAGGGUAGUGUGCUUUAGGGCAGUAGCGUGGAAAUGCCACUUAGAAUAAAUACCCUCUCAAAAAUCUUGCCUCUCUUA